AUGACUUCUAUCGAUGUAACAGAGAUUAUCAAAUCAUCGACAUCUUCUUUGUAUCAGCCAGCAAGAAAGAAAUCUCGUUUUGACGAUAGUGCUUCUUCUUCAUCUCAAGCUGGCCAGCCAAAACCAGAAGAUAUUCUUGCGGCUUUGGAAGCCGAUCAAUCAAAUUAUGUGGCUCUCGACGAUGUGCAAGUUAAGAAACUUGUUAUUCAACUUGACAAAAAGAUGCGAUUAAAUCGAGAACAAAGAGUUAAAAAUCCAGAUGAUGCUCAGAAAUUCAUGGAAUCGGAAAUUGAAUUAGACAAGGCAAUUCAAGAAAUGCAUAGUCUGGCUUCUCAACCAGACCUUUAUGGAUCGUUUGUUGAAGUCAACGGAGUUGAAAUUCUUCUUCAAUUAUUAGGACACGAGAAUACUGAUAUUGUGUGUGCAACACUUAGUCUCUUGAGAGAACUUACAGACGAUGAUGUGAUGAACGAAGGAGAAGAUGGAGCAGCUGAACUUAUUGAAAGUCUUGUGUCUGGAUCGAUUAUCACAACUUUGUUAGCAUGCGUAGAGAGGCUCGAUGAAAGCGUCAAAGAUGAAGCGGAUGGCGUCCAUAAUGCACUCGGAGUUGUGGACAAUAUGAUUGGUUUCCGCGAUGACAUUACUGAAGAAUGCGUAAAGCACGGAUUCACGGUUUGGCUUCUGAAAAGAUGCUUUCAGAAAGGUGCAUUUGAUGCGAAUAAGAUGUACGCUUCGGAACUUCUUUCAGUCAUAUUGCAGACUUCUGAUACUGCAAAGGCAAAGCUGACAGAGAAAAUUGAUGGCAUCGAUAUUUUAUUGAGAACCAUUGCUGUGUACAAAAAGAACGAUCCAGCAAAUGUAGACGAACGAGAAUACAUGGAAAAUCUAUUCAACUCACUUUGUGCCGCACUUAUGCAUCCGGCUAAUCGAAAAAAGUUCCUCGACGGAGAAGGUCUUCAAUUGAUGAAUUUGAUGCUCCGAGAGAAGAAACAAGCAAGACAAAGUGCUCUGAAAGUUCUGAACCAUGCAACAUCAGGAGACGAGGGAAUCGAAAAUUGCAAUAAACUUGUCGAAAUGCUCGGAUUGAGAACAAUUUUCCCGUUAUUCAUGAGAACACCUUCAAAGACAAAAAGAAAGGAUACGACACCUGAUGAACAUGAAGAACACGUUUGUACGAUUCUCUCUUCACUGCUGGCAGCAUGUUCGGAGAACCACCGUCAACGAAUUGUUCAAAAAUUUGUUGAGCACGAACAUGAGAAAGUGGACAGAGCUGUGGAGCUAUUUUUGAAGUACAAAGAAAAAGUUCAACGAUUUGAAUUGAAAAAGAAGCGUCAAUCACAAGAAGCUGGAACAUCAGAAGAUGAUGAUCCAGAUCGAGCAUAUUUGGAUAAACUAGACAAUGGUCUCUACACGCUUCAACGUCUUACUCUUAUACUCGGUGAAGUGGCAGUUGGUGUUGAAUCGGCUCGUCUCAGAGAGGAGAAGCUUUUCCAAAUGAAAAUGAGCCAAAAUCGAUUGGAUUUGAUGUUGUGUCCAAUUAUUCAAGAAUACAGUGACAAUCUUGGUGAUGAUGCUAAUAUUGAGCAAGAAAGAGUCCUCGUUAUGCUCAGUAAAAUUGAAGAUUUUUACAAAUAAUUUAUCACUAGCAUUUUUCCUUUAUUUAUUUUUUGUUCUCCGGUUUAUGAAAAGUUUCAAGUUUGUGCUAUGAAUUUGUGUUUUGUUUUUAAUUUUAUUAAAUUUUCAACUGUUGCAUGCAGUUUUUCAUAUUUAAAUACUCCAAGAUCUAAAAAUUAAUGUUUCAAACCAAUUUUUUUUAAAUCGAUAAACUUUUUAA